AUGUCUGAAAUAUUUGUAACAAACUUAACCCAAAUUGAAGACGAUAUGAUCUUUGUUCCGGUGAUGGGCGCCGACGGCGGCAAUCAAUAUAACACUUACGACAACACCAGUCGGUCGGCGAACGAAUCAAACGCCGAUUAUAUGCGCGAAUUGUUGCGACUCUUACGGGAGAGACACCAAAAGCCGUUGAGCGCCGAAGACCUGCGGCGGAACAUCUUUAUCAUACUUUGUUACUCCAUCAUCAUCAUGGUCAGUUUGUGCGGCAAUUUGCUCGUGGUCAAAGUGAUCGCGUUUGGCAAACGCAAAAUGUUGACCACAACCAACAUAUUGAUCGCGUCGCUGGCCUUCUCGGACAUCGUGAUGACGGCGUUCAACAUCCCGUUCAAUGUGGCCCGACUGCUGCUCGAGUCGUGGCCGUUCGGCUCAUUCAUGUGUGUGUCGGUGCCCUUUGUUCAGGUGACGUGUGUGUAUGUGAGCACCUUUACGAUGACGGUCAUCGCGUUCUACCGCUGGNUGAUGACGGCGUUCAACAUCCCGUUCAAUGUGGCCCGACUGCUGCUCGAGUCGUGGCCGUUCGGCUCAUUCAUGUGUGUGUCGGUGCCCUUUGUUCAGGUGACGUGUGUGUAUGUGAGCACCUUUACGAUGACGGUCAUCGCGUUCUACCGCUGGUGGACUCUAAGCCAUCCGACCACCACCAAAACGGUGUCCCGUUUUCAGUUAAUUAUAAUCAUUACUGCCGUGUGGCUGUUGGCCGGACUAUUUUCUGUGCCGCACUCGGUGUUCAACGAGACAAUAGUCAUACCAACCGCCGAUCUGAUCCGUUGUCACGUUAUACACCCGGAGGUGCCCUUUGAUUUGUCCCUAUGGCUGUCGGUCGAGGCGUUUACCACACAGUACUUCAUACCGUUAGGCCUAACGCUAUGGCUGUACAUACAGAUCGGUGUGAUUGUGGCCAAACAGGGAGCGAUGGCAGGCCAGUCUAACGACAGCCGCCGUCGGCAACAGUCCAGCGCCCGUAAGCGCCGGAUUGUGAUGUUGGCACUCGUGGUGACCACUUUCGCCAUUUGUUGGCUACCACUCAAUCUCUAUCACCUGUUGUGCGACUUUCAUCUGAUUGACAGAAAUUUCAAAGUCUUUAUUCUCUGCCAUUGGUUCGCCAUGUCUUCGGUUUGGUAA